GGAAAACAAAAAAACGAUCAGAUUCUGCCAGUUUUGGGCGCUGGCUGGGCUGCCUGAGCGCAGAUAGAUUGAAAGAUCACAGAAUUGAAUGAUUGGGCAGCCUCGACGGGCAGCACAUCGAUGGCCGACUUUUACAACUUCCCCCGGGGCCCUGGUACCCAGAGGCCCGUCCUCGCGCGCGGCAUGCUAAUUAGGCUGCGGAGAGAAAAUAACCACUUGAAUGGCUGCCACUGUUGCGUGCUUGGAGACCCGCGGACCACUGACAGGGGCGAAGGCUUCGUGCCUGUGGCCGUCGCGCCCACGCAACCGACCGUGCCUUUGAUGCAGUUUUACGUCGGGCCCGGGGAUUACACCAUGUGCGAUGGACCGCCGGAGGCGCUGGCUAGUCUCUGGAUGAAUCUCGCGCUCGUCUACAAAUCAUCCACGAUCAAGAACCGUUAUGCCGAGGCGGCGGGCGCGUACGAGGAAGCACUCAAGUUUGUGCCUGGCAUGCCGGCCGUACUGGACAACUAUAUCAAGCUAUGCAUGGUAUGGGCAGCCGAGGGAGGCGACGGUCAGAAGCUGAUGGAUAUCGCGAGGGCUUUGAUGCAAGAUCUUUUCCAGCCGAUUUCGUCGCGGCCCGAGUUUCGCGGCCUCGACGCCUCGGCGGGCUACGACGUCGUACCCGGGUAUGACCAGCGGAUGGUGCACUUCGGCGUUGUGGCGUCCGUCGACGGCGCGCCGGCGCGCACGAGGUUCUCGCGCCUGUGGGUCUUCGACCCGGACCGCGACGACCUGGUCGAGAUCGACGCCGCGGCUAUGGGCGCCGAAGCUCAGGAGGCGGUCCGACGAGGACCGGGCACGCUAGUCGCGACGGACUCCGCAGGGGCGCGCGUGAACUUGCCAGCCCAGACCUGACGAGGAGGCGCCCAGUGACCGGGCGCCGCGGUCGCGGCCGUCGCGGAUCGUGCGCCGCGCAGUAAUGUGAACUACGAAC